AUGCGGCAUCAUAUCACUGCUGUGAAGCAAGGUAGAGGUUAUUUUCAUAUACUUCACCAAGAAUCACUGGAGAGGAAGAGUGCACGGAGAGCAGCACAACAGGCUCAGGACAUGACACGGAGAACUACAUAUCAGCCACCUAGAUACUCAUCUGAUGAGGAGGAGUCUGAGGAAGAGAUAAACACUUGCUUUCCUCUGAUAGAAGGCCACCACCUGCGGAAGGCAAGGAAAAAGAAGAAACAAAAGAUGACUUUACGGUCUUUCACUCCUGUUCAUACCAGUGUCUUGGUUCCAAACCCCCCUGGAGCAAAAAGUGAACAUCUUUUCCGACAGCUGUGUGCCGUACACUGGCUUCUGGAAGCUUUGACUCUCAAAUCCAACAGCUCUAUGCAUUCCAUAUUAACCUGCUGGAAUCCAACGGACCCUGGUGGCACUAAAAAAACAUUAGAAGAAAUCGAAGAGGAAAAGUUAACAACAUACAUGUGGGAGCUCUUUCUUACAGAUACAAAGAAAUUCAUCCAGAAAGCAAGACAUAGUCCACUUAGCAGGAAGACAAACAAGACAAUAUCUACUCUUGGCACGUCUCAGCUUAGUAGUCGCUCAUCUCCCCAUAGUCAAACUCCUCGUGGCAGCACAGCUUCCCUUUAUUUCUGCUCUGAAGACAAUGUCAACAUGAAUAUAGCUUCAUCUGAUGUUACAAGUGAGUCAGCACAAACUAAAGAAGAAGAAGAAGCUCUUUGCCCCUCCCUACAGAAGUUAAUCCAGAUAACACAUGAAGAGGUGUCAAAAGAUUUCUAUAAAGAAGAAAAUUUCAUUAAGAAGACUGAACUGCAAUGUUCAUUCACUGUGACUGAGAGGAAAGACGGAACAACCACAGCAACCACUAAAGAGCAAGAGAGUCCAAAGCAGAUGAGAAGAGCCAAAGGCUGCCGUAUCAGCUCUUUUAUUAAAAGCAAAUCUAAUUUGUGUGCUGAUGUGAGGCAAAAGUUCACAGCAAUACGUGAGGAAGCAGCUUCUUGUUUACAUGACACCCUAGAGAGCCUUGAAAGGAGGCAGGAAGAGAGAUGCUGUCAAAAAUACCAGGCUUUGAAGCAUAUCAAGUAUUUUAAGAGAGACCUAGAAAGAAUGAGACAGUUGGGCAUGAGAACUGAAAGAAAACAGGAUGGAGAUGGACUAAACUGGUUUCCUGUAUUGCUGGCCAGACUCCCAGAGUCUGUGAAGAAUGACCAUUAUGUACGGAAAAUCUUAAAGAAACUGGAAAAAUUUGGCAAGAACCCUGACUUGAGAAUUCGUCCUGACACGUUUCUUAAGGCUCUGGCUGAUCUCCAGGUGUGGGAGCUGUGUUCUCCAGAAAUUGCUGCAGCUGUGGAGUUUGUACGUGAAAGUAUUGUGCAGAUGCCAGAAGAGGAUUUCAGCGAGUGGUUUCAGACAAGAGUAACCCCUCUCCGUGCCCAGUCCUCCGCCUUUUAAUCAAAUGGCCAGUUGAGAUGGUUUUCUACCUGCAAUUUUCUGGCUUCAAGCAGAAAACUACUGUCUGUUGAGAUCUGCCUCAAGGAGAACUGGGAAACGAAAGUUAACUUCCCACUGACCAUCCUUGUACACCUGAAAUUUGUCCCUCCACAAUGCUCCACUUGCUGUGGUCAGCCAUAGAAAACAAAAGCUAAAUACUUUUGCUCCUUCCCAUGUGAUUUCUUGAACAUGCAAUCAAAAUUCAACCUCAUCUAACCAUGUAGGAUGAAGUCUGAGUUCCCAAUCACAGGACACGUGUUUUCUUCAAACAUUCCUCCAAUAGUAUGUACCGUAUGGCAGCAGUAGCAUCUUCUUAGUACAGAUAUACUGACUUCCAUAUC